AUGGUCGUCGCCAUCCGAUGUCUGAUCCUGAUGGCCAGACGGCUCACGCAAGUCGAGAAAGAGUUGCGAGAGAUCCGCCAGAGCAUGAGAACCGUCAACGACAACGAGCGCCAGCAGAUACGCAAUGUCGCCGAUAAUGGAAAUCCGACUUCUACGACCGUACCGUCGGUCGGUCAUCCCAUAAAGCCAUCGCAGCCAAUGCCUGCAGCGGAGGGAGAGAACAACACAACCUCGUCUUUGCCAGUUGGGACGAUCCAAGGAGUCGAACUCGCUUCCCAGCGCAUCAACGAGUUACUGAACGAGUUCUUCACAGGGUAUCAUCCAUAUUGUCCCAUUCUACCGCCCCAACAAAAGUUCCUGGACUAUUCGAAACCAUGUCCGCUUCUCUUCUGGACGGUGCUGGUCACCGCGCUGCGAGGCAAGGACGAGGACCGAGACCUCUACUCGACCAUCGCCGACGCGGUCCGGUCGAUGGCGUACGACACCAUCAAACCGGCAUCUGCGUCCUUCCAUGCCAUGCAAGCCCUGGUGCUGCUGUGCCAGUGGCCUCUGCCUUUCCAACGAGCCCACGACCCCUCUCUUUCCUUCGUCACGCUGGCCACCAACAUCGGGCUCCGGAUGGGUCUUCACCGACCACGUCACGGCAACGAAUAUGCCAAUGGGACUUGUCUUGACUCCGAGACAGAGAUCCUCCGACGCAAGACGUGGGUGGUUUGCUUCAUCACGAAUCUCAGUGUGAACAACGGCCUUGGACUCCCGGCUACAGUCAAGUUAGACCAAGGCCUCCUGGAAUGUCUGGCGGCCAAACCAGCCUGGCUGCCGACUAGGUUGCACCAGCAGCUCCAUCUGUCGCGGCACGCUCUCAACAUCUCUUCCACCCUUGGUAACUGCGAAUCCUCUAGCACAGGACUACUCCCCUGUGCCACGCCGGUGAUUCGCACUUUCGAAACCGAGUUGCGAGCCCUGGAAUGCCAGUUCUACACGUCGUGGUUCGCCACCGAAUACAUCCUCUUCCUCGGUUGUCGGAUGACUCUGUACACUUUCGCCCUUUCUGCAGAUAACAACCACAACCAAGGCAUUCCUGGCUCAGCAUCGUCACCAUCCAGACCAAAGGGGUUAGAUGUUGGAGUCGAAUUCCAAUCACACUGGCUGAGUCAAGCGUACGUCACAGCAACCGCCACCAUCCAGACCUCAUCGGGGAUCCAUGACCAGAUGUUCCACGCCCCUUCGCGCGUCCAGAAAACACUCGUCAAUGCGGUCUGUUUCUUGCUCCUGCUGAAGUACUCGCGACACCAUACUCUGGUCGAACACAGCACGCUCUGCGACUCCAUCACCCAAGGCUAUCUAGCUCUGAAAGGUCUGUCCAUCACCCCGGCAGACUAUAUCUCGCGUGCUUGUCAGCUUGUCGACCGCUUCGGGAAAGUCUCGUACGAUGAAAGACUGGGGCGAGAGCUCGGUGGAGACGGAGACAACUCGGACAGAUUCCUGCCUGUUGUGUCGAGGAUGGGCACGAAUCUCACGCUGAGCGCCGUCUUUCGUGCGAGACAUUGGCUGGCGAAGACGCAGGAAAUGGCAGUAGUAGUAGCAGCAACAUCAGCAGCAGCAACAACAACAACGACUGCGACUUCGUCAACGACGACUUUUCCGAUAGUCCAUUCGCUUGACCGGGUCCAGACCACGGAACCCGAUACAUUGGUUGCAAGUGGGGACGGCGAGAUCGUGUCCUUCGACGAUAUUAAUUGGGAUGAAUUGUUUUCUGAGAUGGCCGGAUACGCGGAUGUUUGA